GAAACAAAAUUUUACAUUGCAUGCUAUGUCAAUCUUAUACCUCCUCUAUGGUCUCAGACUAUUUCUUGAAUAGAGGUAGUGGGAGAACGUUGUUUUCAAGUUACUAGCAUGAGAGGAUUCAGUCAGAUGCCUCUAGUGUAUGUUAUGUUUAAAGUAUUUGUGUUUAUACUUUGCUGGAGGAACCUGUUUGAAGAAAAUUUUGAAAAUAUUUUUUGUUUUAAGCUAGAUUUAAUCAAUUUAAUGUAUUAAUUCUGUAAAAAAUUAUAAUAUUUGUGAUAUUUUUACAAAUUUUAGAUUUUUAAAUGUCUGAAUCUAUGGAUAGUUCAAACCUUUGUGAAAAUAUUAAUACUUCUUUAAAUAUUUCUACAAGUACGCAAUCAGUUAAUAAAGAGAAAAAGCCAUCAUGUAUCAUUGUUCUUGGAAUGGCUGGAUCUGGAAAAACUACAUUUGUACAACGACUUGUUUCAAUACUAUAUAAUGUAGGAAAACCAUAUGUUAUAAACUUAGAUCCUGCAUGUAAAGAAGUUCCUUACCCUGCGAAUAUAGAUAUACGGGAUACUGUUAAUUACAAAGAAGUAAUGAAACAGUAUAGUUUAGGACCAAAUGGUGGUAUCGUAACUGCUUUGAAUUUAUUUUCUACAAAAUUUGAUCAAGUCAUAGAUCUUAUUGACAAAGCAAGUAAAGAGCAUGAGUACAUAAUUUUAGAUACUCCUGGACAGAUAGAAGUAUUUACAUGGUCUGCAAGUGGUACAAUUAUAACAGAAGCUUUAGCAUCUCAAUUUCCAACAAUUGUGGUAUACGUGUUAGAUACUGUGAGAAGCGUUAACCCUGUAACAUUCAUGUCCAACAUGUUGUAUGCGUGUUCUAUAUUGUAUAAAACUAAAUUACCAUUUAUUGUUGCCAUGAAUAAGAUUGACAUUGUGGAUCAUAGUUAUGUAGUAGACUGGAUGCAUGACUUUGAAGCAUUUCAAGAUGCUUUGGAUGCUGAAACAAGCUACAUUAGUAAUUUAACACGUAGUAUGGCUCUGACGCUUGAUGAAUUUUAUAGUCAUUUACGUAGUUGUGGUGUUUCAGCUGCUACAGGUGCUGGUAUCACUAAAUUUUUAGAACUUGUUAAAGAUGCUGUAGAGGAAUAUGAUCGGGAAUAUAAGAAAAAUUGGGAACGAGUGAAAAUUAAACGAGAUGCUCAAAAAUCUCAAGCAGAGAAAGAACAAUUAGAAAAAGCAGCACAGAAUGUUACAGGAGAAACAGUACCAUUUGUAACAACAGUUAAUACUGGAAGAGAAAUUUCAGAUAUAUACUUAAAACAUGCAGGAAAUGAAUCAAGCGAAGAUGAAGAAGGAACAGAAAAUCCAUUUCAUGAAGAAGAAGAUCCGGAAGAAAAAAAAGAAGCAGAGUCUUUUAAAAACUUCCUAAAUAGGCACAAAAUAGAACAAAGUAAACGUACAUCUAAUCAACCUACUACAAGCAAAGAUGCAUAAUGUAUAAGUGAACAUAACAUUUAUAUUUACAAAUAAAUUAAAUUUACAUGUAAUAUAAUAAAUGUUUUGUACAUUGAAGAUUAUAUUUUAUAAUUACUAAUUUGAGAGAUAAGUCGUAAUCUAUGUAAAUAACUAAAUACUGUUUUGUGAAUAAUUUAUUAUUGCAAACAAUGAAAAUAUUGGGCCUCAUUUAACAUAGAUGUAUUAUUAUUCUUUUUCAUAAGAUUUGUUCACUUCAUAUACACACCAGUUAUAACUUGCAUGUCCGUUUGCGUUGUUCCGUUUCGAAGCAAUUGAUAUCGGAUUUCUACCAAUCCAUUCUACUUUGCCGUCAUGACUUUCAGUAGGGUAUAGAUUAAAGGCAAAUACUAAAAUUAUCGUAUUUUACAUUAACUUUUAGAAUCAAUAAUUAAACUUAUAAUAAAUUUUC